UGUUUAUGUCGGGGGUCACCGGAAUAUCCGAGCCCCCGCACGCAGCCUCGCCCCGCAGCCCACUGCGCCGCGUCGCUCUCCGGCUCUGGUAGAGAUCGCUCAGCUGGAGCGGGAGGUGGCGCGGCUGUAGCACCGCGGGGAGGGCCGCGCCGGUUGCUUUCUGCAGCCGCUUUUCCGCUAGCCGGUCCCCCGCCGUCCCUGGGGCGCCGUGCGGCUCUAGACCGGGACCAAAGCCGCCGGCCGCCGCGGGUGGCCGGAUCCGCGUCCCGCCUCAGCGCCCGGAGGACAUGCGGGAGAGAGAAUGACCCAGAGGGACACGCUGGUGCAUCUGUUUGCCGGGGGAUGUGGUGGUACAGUAGGAGCUAUUCUGACAUGUCCACUGGAAGUUGUAAAAACACGGCUGCAGUCCUCUUCUGUGACACUUUAUAUCUCUGAAGUUCAGUUGAACACCAUGGCUGGAGCCAGUGUCAACCGAGUAGUGUCUCCUGGACCUCUCCAUUGCCUAAAAGUGAUCUUGGAAAAAGAAGGGCCUCGUUCCUUGUUCAGAGGAUUAGGUCCCAAUUUAGUGGGGGUGGCUCCUUCCAGAGCAAUAUACUUUGCUGCUUAUUCAAACUGCAAGGAAAAGUUGAAUGGUGUAUUUGAUCCAGAUUCUACCCAGGUACACAUGAUUUCAGCUGCAAUGGCAGGUUUUACUGCAAUCACAGCGACCAACCCCAUUUGGCUUAUAAAGACUCGGUUACAGCUUGAUGCAAGGAACCGUGGGGAAAAGCGAAUGGGCGCUUUUGAAUGUAUUCGUAAAGUGUAUCAGACAGAUGGACUUAGAGGAUUUUAUAGGGGCAUGUCUGCGUCAUAUGCUGGCAUAUCAGAGACCGUUAUCCAUUUUGUUAUUUAUGAAAGUAUUAAGCAAAAACUACUGGAAUAUAAGAUUGCUUCUACAAUGGAAGAUGAUGAAGAGUCUGUAAAAGAAGCAUCCGAUUUUGUGGGAAUGAUGCUGGCUGCUGCCACCUCAAAAACUUGUGCCACAACUCUGGCUUAUCCACAUGAAGUUGUAAGAACAAGACUACGUGAAGAGGGAACAAAAUAUAGAUCUUUUUUUCAGACACUGUCUUUGGUGGUUCAAGAAGAAGGUUAUGGGUCUCUUUACCGUGGUCUAACAACUCAUCUGGUGAGACAGAUUCCAAACACAGCCAUUAUGAUGGCCACCUACGAAUUGGUGGUUUACCUUCUCAAUGGAUAGCAACUUCAGGCUGCUGUACUAUGAAGAGGGAAGACCAAAAGAUUACAGUGGACCAUGCAGUAUUGAAGCCAGCAUGGUGGACAGAAGAAAAAAGUUUGGGAACAUGUAACUAUGCCUAAGUGGAAGUUUGGUUGUAGGAAUUAAAGUAAUCAUAACCACAUUACUUGGUCUUUUUCAGUAAUGUGAAGGGAAAAACAAAAAAAACAAAAAAAAAAACCUAGGCUGCCUCUAAGAAAAAGCCUUUAGAAGCACUCCUGCCUCCAAAUUGCCAUUUUCUCUACCAUGUCCACAGGACACAGUUGCAUUUUGUUGAUUUAUGGCAGUCAGAGUAUAGUGUGUGUUCCAUGAGCACUUUUUCCAGUCUUCUAAACAAAGCCAUCCCUAAUUGUAUAAAUAUUAUAACUAUCCAAAGAUAGUAUUGACAGUCAUAAAUGUCUUACCUCUGGCAUCUGUGUAAUUUCUGUAAAAUUGUAAAAUAAGAGUAAGUGAGAUCCUUAGUAUUAUUUUCCCAUUUCCUUGAGGAUCUGGAAUAUUUUAAAAUUAAUUAUUUGGCAUUAAUAGUCACUAGUUUUGACAACUAAUGAAAUAAUGUCUAAAGAUCUUGCGUAUUUUUAGCUUUAAAAUGUUUUGGUUUCCACUGCUAACAGGUGCUUGAUGUUGAGCAUAAUGUGGACACUUAAAUUGUUCAUUAACAUAUCAAGCUGAGUGUUAAUAGUUUGGGACAGAAGAAACCAUGAAAUGUUGAUUCUUCGCCAUUUGAAUAACUUGAGCACGUCCUCAUAUCUUCUCUAACUUUACAAUACAUGAACGAAUGGGAUUGUCUUGUCAGUGAUUUAUUAGGUACAAACUUGAAUGAUCAUCUGUCAUACCUAGGUAUCAUUUUCUUAAAGUGGAAAGAAUUUACCACUUCUGAAUCUUUUUCUGUUCGCCUUUACAUUAGGAAUUUGAACCAUUGAAUUAUUUCCAGAAGAUCAGUAUAGAUUGCAUUUAUUUUGUAGAGAAAAUGGUAAUUUUCAGCUUUGCUGUAAUAGGUUUCUUUUUUUAAGGUGACAUUAUACAUAUCUGGGGCAGUAUAAACAUAGAAGAGGGGGCCCUCUGCUAUCUGAUUGAGCAGGUAGUGUGAUCCUAAUUGACCACAGUUUGUAAAUGAACAAACUGCUUUUGACAAAUUUAUGCUAUCCUGUGAUUUCUUGAAUGGUAAAUCAUAGAAAGAUUCAAGUUAAUUCAGAUUAAGUGUGCUAACAGGAUAUAGCUUUUACAUUUUGCUGUUGAGUUCAACUGUACCUUUUAAUACUUAAAUGUGUAUAUGUAUGGCCCUUAUGAAGAUGUUUGCUGUAAUUCUGUUAAGAGACUUUUGCUUAUGGAUGUUGCUAUACUGGUGUAUAAAAUAUCUACAAUUAAACUCCAGUGUGGUACUCAUUUCAGUAUAGAUGAACUGUACAUUUUGUGCAAUGGCUUUAUCUUAAGAAUGACUCUUUGUGAAUGCACUUUGUGGCCUUUUUUUGGAGGAGGGGUGAGAGAGAAUUCCAUGUUAAGAUUUUUUUUUUUUAAACAUUGGUCAUGUAUUAGGCAGAAACCAUGUUCAAACCAUUUUUCUGGGUUUUAGAUAUGGUGUUUUGGAGAUCUUUAAUAAUAUAAAUGUUUUAUGUAUUCUAUGUACACACUAAUGCCCCUAACACAGAAAACUGUAGCACGUCAUUGCAAGUUUUCUCUGCUGUCACCAGUGAAACACAGUGCACUCUUAAAUUCCUUCACUUUCUUAACUCCUUGUAAUCAACAGUAACUGGAUGUUUUUGAGGUGCUUCGAUUGGAAUUAGAAAAUAUUCCAAUCUAUUUGGAGACCAAAGGCAAAUUUAGUUUCAUUACCUUUGGGAUUAUUUGUACCUUUUAUGGUGAAUUUUAGCUUUGACAUUUAUUGUGAGAAACAAGCCAAAAAAAAAAAAAAUCUAGGGGUUUCUAACUUAAAUCUGUAGAGCAAGUCUCAUCUAUAGUGUUUGCCUUUUCAGGUGCCACUUACACUGCCUAAUACAGUGCCAUUUGCCUUGCAGAGAUUCAUGAACAUACGUUGUGUUGAAUGUAGGACAGGUUCUCCCUAAUGUUAAUGAUCUCACUACACCACAAAUGACUAAGAAUGAUAUGAAAACCAGCAACUACGGAACAUCUUAUUAUUUAGUGUUAGCAAAUUCAUAGUAGUGUCCUUCAAGGAUGAACAUGUAUUCUAGUCUUGUUUGUAUUUAGCAAAUAAAACUUAUGUUGACCUUUAGUGCAUUAUAUUCAGCUUUUAAAAGUGAGUAUUCUCUGUGUACUGGAAGAAAAGAUCUUAGAGUCUUAGAUUUUGGGUUUCUUUGGGCAACAACUGGAAAGGAGCAAUGAAGCUUAUUUUAAUUUUUUUUCCCAAAGCACAAUCUGCCAUAGUUUACUUUAUGUGUGACAGAUAAUUUAAAAAAGAAAACUAUAAAACUUGUAUAUAAAAUUUGUCUCUGGAACAUUUCUUUGGAGAUUUUUUUAAUUGAUGCAAAUGUUUAAAAAAAAUGCAUAUUUAAAGGAUUAAUUUUUUUUAAACUGUUUUGUUUUCAUCAAUUUUCUAUCAGAUGACUUUAUUUCUAGUAUAGAGAUUGGCAGCACUCUUCGGAUUUGUCUGUACUUUUAUUAGAGAAUUUUAUCAGGCAAUUGAGUUGCGCUUAAGUUAAAGCAGUAGAUACUGAAAGAGUAUGCCUCAUAGAGCAGCAGAUAGAACUUUGGUACCUGUGGCUCAUAGACAUUUCCUAAAUUUCAAAGUCCAAAUCUGAGAAUUACCAACCCUGUGACUGUGGGGUGUAAUACCGUGCUUUUGAAUCCAGAAAAAAAAAAAAAAAACUGUAUCACCAAAGCUUUGUCUUAAUUUUCAUUAUGUAUGUAAUUUUGUGGAACCAACUUACUAGAUGGGGCUCACAAGUAAUUUAUUUGUCACUUUGAAACCAGGAUAGAAUAUUGUUAGAUUAUUUAAUCCAGCCUUUUGUCUCCUAAAACCUAAUGCCCAUUGUGGAAUAGCACUAUGUAUUAGGACCAGGGUGUUAAAAAUAAUGAGUGUUUACUCUUUUACUAGAGUAUAAACAUGUCAGCAUUUUUAGAUUUAAGCCACAAAAAAACUGAUUUGAACUUGAAGGAUUUAAGUGCUGGAAAUGAAUCUAUCUUUUAUUCUUCUAGCAUUGUUCAUGCCUGUCAUUUGUUGUUUACAUACUCUUCUCAGACUAUUAGUACUGUAGGGACCCCUUUUGGGCUGAUAAAUAUAAUAGUUGAGCCUGUCUACUGAUCAUGACUUAAACAUUCCUAAGAAUAAAGUAUUUCUGAAUGAUUUAAAUUAGAAGGAAUUUUAAUUACAUGAAAAUAUUCCCUACAAUGUGCGAACUUUUUGCCCACUCAAGUCUCUUCUCCAUCAUGCACUUAUAUUUCUUGUUAAUCUAUACACUGCUUUUUAUGCUACUCCUUUUAGAAACUGAAAAUUCUAGUUUCACUCAGUUUUUAUGUUAAUAAACAUUUGAAUGUGUACCCCUCAUAUGUGAACAGUUAAAUUAUGAUCUAUUAGUCACAGCUAAAUCAAAAGAGUUGAUAUCUUUUGACCAUUGAUGUGAGGUUUGCUAUUCUCACAUUUUGUGUACAUGGCUGUAAAUUAUGUGCAUUUAUUCUAUUUAUGUUAACUAGCUGAAUUUUAUUUGAAUUGUUAAAAUUAAAAAAUUUAAAUAUCCUUAUGAAAAUAUGGGG